AUGUCAGAUAAUGAUAGUGACGACUCUUCCAUAAGUGGAGUCAAAUUAAACAGGCUCCAAACCCAUGACACGGGUGGGGAAUCUGUGUUCAUUCCGUCCGACUUGCCCAUUUCGAAUGGCAUGAUCAAUUAUCGACCCGAAUUACAGAGCACGGUCAGUGAAAUCAGCAUGGGAAUGGAUGCCGCCACCAUGAGUGAUCCAGAUUCGGACGGUGAAGAAGAAUUGGCGCCAAAAAAGGGCAUGCACCAACGCGGGGGACUGCUGAACAUGUUGCCAUUGGAAGAAGAGCUCGAUCUUUCGGAUGACGAUGGCGACGAGGAUUCUGAUGACGAUUCGGACAAUGAUAAGGACCCCAACAUACCACAAGAUCCAUAUCAAUCGUUUCAAGGGAAACCAGUCAUGUUGGUGACAGAUCAAAUUGUCAAUGAUCAUUAUGGUGACUCUGGACUGUAUAGCGGCACGGUGACAGCAGAUGCACUAGUACCACACGGCAAGGGUUUACUGUUAUAUCAGAAUUCGAGAAUUUACGAUGGUGAAUGGGAAGAUGGUAAAUGGCACGGCAAAGGAUGCUGGCAGAAUAUAAACGGUGAUGUCUACAAUGGCUCCUUUCGAAAUGAGAAGAGGCAUGGAUAUGGAGUCUACAAAUGGGAAAAUGGCAAUGAAUACGCUGGUGAAUUCAAAGAUGAUCAGCGGCAUGGCAAGGGCGUAUUCAAAUUUGGAAAUGGUACCGUCUACGACGGCGAGUUUGUGGAAGGGGUCUUUGAAGGAACGGGAACCUAUAGCUUCGGAACGGGCAUGUACGAAGGCGAAUGGUUGGCGGGUAAGUAUCACGGCAAGGGAUUCCUGUUGAAUGCGAAUGGAUCCUCGUAUACUGGUAAUUUUGAGGCGGGACACCAACAUGGAGAAGGAGUGGAAUUUCAAGCGGAUGGCACUCAAAUGUCCGGACGAUGGAACCGAGGGAGACCUCCCAUAAGAUGGUAG